ACGAACAUGAAGAAGGAGAGAGAGAAAAUUGAACGAGUUACUUUUUCAUUUGCCUCGGCACGUAAACAAAUCAAAAUUUUCUCCUGAAUUAUUUCAAGUUAUUAUCACCGAAAAUACAUUCAUUUUCACAAUAGCUAAGACAACUCUAAACAAGUAACAGGAAUAUGUAUGUGAGUACAAAAUAAGUCAAAGAUAAGUGCAUAAAAGUGGCCGGUUCAACCUCUGCAUGGAUGUUUCUUUAGGGCAGGAAGAAGUAAUCGGUUCUGUUAGAAGAAGAAGACAAUCCAAAUUUCAGUGGAAGACAUUUACCGGAUCAAAACCCGGAUGUUCCGUCCUGUUGCCACCGGUUGAAACGUUAGCGCCACUGGCCGAUAAAUAGUAUACCACGUCGUUCUGUGCCCCCGGGGGUUGGGAGUGGGCUGUGCGGAAGAUAUAGCGGUUUGGUGCACCGACCUCAAUUUGGGGCAAGAUGCUGACGCACAAGAACAAUCAGGGCGGCCGGAAGAAGAUGCAGGUGUCGUUUGUGAUCCGGGAUGCGGAAGAAAAACGGCACCGGAACGGGGUCAACGCGCUGCAGCUGGAUUCGAUCAACGGUAGGCUGUAUUCGGCCGGGCGGGAUGCCAUCAUUCGGGUGUGGAACUCGACACAAACCAACUCCCAGGAGCCGUACAUCCAGAGCAUGGAGCAUCACAACGAUUGGGUGAACGACAUUGUGCUGUGCUGCGGGGGAAGAAAUCUGAUCAGUGCCAGUUGUGAUACUACGGUAAAGGUUUGGAAUGCCCACAAAGGGUUUUGUAUGUCGACACUUCGGACGCACCGAGAUUACGUGCAGGCUCUGGCCUAUGCAAAAGAUCGCGAACAGGUUGCCAGUGCGGGCUUGGAUAAGGCCAUCUUUCUUUGGGAUAUCAACACAUUGACUGCACUCACCGCAUCGAACAACACCGUCACAACAUCGAGCAUCACUGGUUCAAAAGAUUCGAUCUACAGCUUAGCUAUGAAUCCCUCCGGUACGGUAAUCGUAUGCGGUUCCACCGAGAACACCCUCCGAAUAUGGGAUCCCAGGACGUGCAAUAAGAUUGCUAAACUGAAAGGCCACACAGAGAAUGUGAAGGCGCUGGUUGUGUCUGAAGAUGGCCAGUUCGUUGUGUCGGGUAGUUCGGACGGGAAAAUAAAGCAGUGGAGCAUCGGGCAGCAACGAUGCAUGCAAACGAUAAGUGUACAUUCGGAAGGGGUGUGGGCAUUGUUGAUGACGGAGAACUCUUCGCACGUGAUUUCCGGCAGCAGGGAUAAGAAAAUUAUCAUGACUGAGCUACGCAACCCAACGAAUAGUGUACUGAUCUGUGAGGAACGAGCGCCCGUUUUGAGUUUGUGCUACAACUACGAUCAGACGGGUGUUUGGGCUACCACGUGGAACAGCGACAUCCGGUGUUGGAAGCUGAACAAAACGGAGAAGCUGAGCAAUUAUAACUACAGCAGUAACAGUAGUAUAAAUAGUAACAGCGGUGUCGGAACUGCUGUGGGUGACGGAACCCUCAUAGCUACGAAUUCUACAGCAUCGACAGUGGCCGCGGCAGGUACUAGUGCAGGACAGGGAAAAGGAUUCGAAGUUGCAUGCAUCAAGGGAGGAGCUGCGAUCAAAAAGUAUCACGUACUAAAUGAUAAGCGAUUUAUGCUAACAAAGGAUAGUGAACAAAAUGUAGCAAUCUACGACGUACUGAAGGUGAAGAAAGUCGAAGAUCUGGGUAAAGUGGAUUACGACGAGGAGACUAAGAAGCGUAUCCAAAAAGUUUACGUCCCCAACUGGUUCACGGUGGAUCUAAAAACUGGGAUGCCUACGAUUGUCCUUGGACAGGAUGAGGUGGAUUGCUUCGCGGCGUGGGUCUCUGCAGAAGCCGGCCUUCCGGAGAACGCUGAAUCUGGCACGGAUCCGAAGGUCAACUAUGGUAGCCUGCUUUUGCAAGCAUUAUUAGAAUACUGGAAACCACCACCUCCGCAUCAUCACCUCCAGGGUGUAGGUUCGGAUCUAGAUUCCAAUGGAUGCGACGGUGACAUCCGCGGUAAUGAAUACUUUAGCGUGCCCAAGCAUACGCCAAUCAUCUUUAGCGAAGUUGGUGGCAGAAAUGUGUGUCGCUUAUUGGUAAAAGAUGCCGUUGGGGAAACCGAAAGUGCCCUGCUCAGCGAAACGGUUCCAUCCUGGGUGACAAAUGUUGUCAUCGAACGAACCAUUCCCAAAUUUAUCAAGCUUCCGUUCUACCUGCUAGCGCACCCAUCCAUGUUGAAACAGGAUCGCAGUAAAAAGGAACGUCUGAUCGCCAACGAGUUCAUCCAGUGCCGGAAGGUGUGCGAACACGUACUCGAGAAGGUGCUCGGAGCGGAUCUGCCGGCCAGCACCGGUAACUCCAAUUCGUCCCAGAACAAUAGCCAAAGCGAUGCCAAUUCCGAGGGUAGCCAGGUGCCAGCCGAGGAACGAAUCGAACUGCUCUGUAACGAUGUGAUUUGCGAUCCCAACAUGGACCUGCGGACGGUGAGGCAUUUCAUCUGGAAGCAAUCGUCCGAUCUCACGUUCCACUAUCGAACGAAGUCAAACUAGAUUCCUUAAAGGGUAGCGCGGACUGUUUGAUUACUUUGUCUCUGGAGCUCCGAUAGGUACGGACGGGUGGUGUGUAGUGAUAGAGAAGGACGAUUUUGUUCAGUGCGAAAGAUUGCGCGCGUCUGUUUAGAUAGAGAGAUAGAAUUUAGCAAUGUUAUAUGUUUACUAAGUUAUUUAUGCACUCAUGCAAACAAGUUUUAAACGGCGUAGUAUUCCUAUUGUAGUAUACUGUAGAUGCCAGAGUAGCAGCUCGCAUUUAGUAAUCUAUUUUCUGUUUCUGUUCGAUCUUCUUCUAUUAGUUACGAUAGACUGUACUAUUCAAAUACGUGAUCAAUUUAUUCCAGUGUACCAUUAUUUUAGGUUAAUAAUUUCCUCCUUGAUCGCCCCUGAAA